AUGUUGACAGCACGGUCUUACAAAGAGCGGAGACGGGUAGGAAAGCUAGCUCUUCGAAGGCAACUAUCCGAAAACUCAGAAGCACCCCGAUUAGCUACCAUCAAUGUCGGAACCCUCACUGGACGACAUCGAGAAUUGGCAGAUUUCCUGAGAAGACGGCGAGUGGAUAUAGCCCGCAUACAGGAAACAAAAUGGAAGGGUGGAAAAUCACGCGAUAUCGAAGAUGGCUACAAGCGUCUCUACGAUAGCACAAGCAGCAGUCUCAAUGGAGUAGAUACAGCUGUCUCAGAAAGCCUAAGAAGCAGGAUUGCCGCAGUUGACCGAUUAAUGGGCACUGCGAAAGCACAUGGUUCCAGAAGUAUACCAAUGGAUAAAAAUGAUCUAUCACGGAGCCACGAGCCGUGUGCCAACCGCGGCAGGAAAGUCAAGACCAUUGCGCAUAGAAACCGGCGUGCAUCAAUCGGUGCUUCCUCAACUCUUCAUCACAGUCAUGGAUGCAGUGAAGAAAGGUCUCAAGCAACAACCUCCAUGGACUCUCCUGUAUGCAGACGAUGUGGUGUUGUGGCAGAAAAAAGAAAAGAACUUGAAGAAGAAGCAGAGAGAUGGAAGGACCAGUUAGGGUCGUACGGUUUGAAGCUUAACACAAAGAAGACAGAAUAUAUGGAAGUGGGAGGUCAAACUCCAGAAAAAAUAUACAUCGAUGGGAAGCCAAUCAAGAAAACGAGUACCUUCACGUACCUAGGAAAUUGCAUCUCUGGCGAAGGAAGUCUUCGAGAUGAGAUAUCUGCGAGGACAAAAGCAUCCUGGAUGAAAUGGAGAACCUUCACAGGAGUUCUAUGCGACAAGCGAAUGCCAGUGCAACUCAAAUCCCACAUAAAGUACUGUGAUUCGUCCCACAACGCUGUAUGGCAGCAAAUGUUGGCCCAGUACGCGAAAUGA